AUGGUACAUAUGCGUAGGGAAAGAAAAAAAAAAAAAGGCGGGUUAAUCAACCGAGGCGAAGAGGUUACAUACACACACAUACACAUGGACUCAACGAAGGUGCUAGUGGUAGGAUGCGGAGGACUGGGAAAUGAAGUCGUGAAGAAUCUUAUACAUCAGAAUGUAAAGGAUAUAACCGUCGUGGACCACGACACAGUUGAAUUGAGCAACUUAAGCAGACAAUUUUUUUUCACAUGUGAUGACAUUGGAAGAAACAAAGCAGUCGUGAUUGAAGAGAAGAUAAAGGAAAGGUACCCCUACAUCAAUAUCACUUCCUUUGUACAGAACGUAGAAUCUUUCGAUACAAAUUUCUUUGAGAAUUUCGACUUUAUAAUGGGUUGCCUGGACAAUAUAAGCAGUAGGAUGUACCUGAAUAAUGUAGUCUUUACUUUGCGCAAGGAUGUCAUUUACAUCGAUGGUGGAGUGGAGGGUUUUCGCGGAAGUGUUAAGAUUGUGGACCGAGGGAGCCACUUCGCUUGCGUGCAGUGCACCAUCGGCAAUUACGCCGGGGGGGGAUACCAGCUGAACGACCUUGGGGGGGAGGGUAUAGGUGAAGCCGAUACUGUGCCCGUAUGCUCCAUCGCAGGAAGACCAACGAACUUCACCCACUGUGUCCUGCACGCCAUGCACGUAGCAUUUGAGAAAAUCAGGAAAGAGAAACUCAACGUGAACGAUAGAACGCAUGUGUUGUGGAUUCACGAAGAAGCCAAAAGGAGAGCUAAGCAAUUUCACAUCGACCAUGAAGACUAUCACGUAACCAGACAGAUCGUUCAAAACACAAUCCCAACGACCAUCAGUACACUAAUGGUUACUUCUUCACUAAUGACAUGUCAAAUACAAACCAUUGCUUCGCAAAUGGGUAGAGGAAAUCUACGUGUGGUGUCAAAACGUUCACUGGACUACAGCGACAUCCUCUAUGUAGGAGACAACGGGUUCUACUUGCUCCAUUACAAGAUAUAUAAGAACCAACAAUGUAUCAUAUGUAAUAGAAAACGGAUUCAUGUUGUUUUUAAGAGGAGCGAUAAAUUCAGUCAAUUUGUUGCAUACAUAAGGAAAAAGUACGGACUAGAACAAAUGAGCAUUUCCACAGAUUCUACCAUUCUCUUCAUGGCGUCCAGAUGGUUUGUUGGAAAGGUCUACGAAGAGAGGCUGAGUACCACAUUCGGGCAGCUGGUAGACAGUGGCAAGGUGAAAGAGCGAGACCAACUGAAUGUCCAAACGGAGGGGGAAAUUAGCUUCCUUGUCCUCCUAGAUUUGGAAUGA